AUGAGCCAGUUCAAGAUCAAGUACGCAGAGCUCCCUCAAUAUUCAUACCAAUCUUUCAACUCGCAAUAUCGAACCAUUGAUCGAGAUGAUGGCUAUACAUAUACCUACUACCCCAUGGUCGCAACCGAAAAUGAUCUGACGGAAGACAAUGCUCAGGACAAGGCUGAGCCCAGUGCUACCGAACCAACAAAUGAAGCAAAGCCAGAGGAGCCUUCAGCUCCUCAAGAAGGAAUCCCAGCGGCAGCAGAGCCAGCAGGUAAGCAUAUCGAAUUCUUUGACAAAGACGCAAUAUCACCUGUCAAAGGGCCCGGACCUACCAUUGCGACUAAGGAUGGAUUCGCUAAAGCUUUCACAGAGCCAACUGAAGCUGAGACAUCUCCGGCUGAGGACAAAUCUGCUGAGGACAAAUCUACUGAAGCAUCAAACGCAUCAGAAGAGGAAGCCCAGGUCGAGCCCGGAGACACACCCAACCCCGAGGCUCAGCCCGCGAGCUCAGAGACCGAAGAAGCUCCCCAGGGAGCCGUCGAUGAGCCCGCUGCGGAAGCUACAGAGCCGGAAAAGGGCGACGAAAGCGCUGCCCCGACAGAGGAAGCCGAUGCAGUUAAGCCACCCAGCGACGAGAAUGGAGGCAAUGGUACUACUAUCCCCCAUCUGCUUGCUCUUCUUCUAUGCCCUCAGACUAACAUACUGGUAGACGAAGAUUUUCCACCAGUUGACCCUGAAGCUGGACAUGACGGCGUAGAGUCCGAAAAGGAGGAAGCCGCCAAGCAGGCCGCCGAAGAUGCGGUAGAGGCUCAGUCCACGGAGGACAGUGGCGCCAAAGAGCUUUCGGCUGAAGAAGCCGUGGCCGAGUCAGGCCCUUCCGAUGACAGCCCAGCGGAGGGGGAUACCCAGUCCGAGGACCCUCCAUCACAAGGAGACGUUCAUACAUCCCCCGAAGCCGCUCCAAUCGAAACAGCUUCUGGUGAACCAACACCCGAGGGUGAUACGACGAAUGUCAGCGAUGAUAAUGCAGCCAAUGCUGAAGUUCCCGUCGCGGGUGGAGGUGAAGUUGAGUCCGAGUCGGCCGACAUUACAGAAGCCAACCCCACCGGCGAUGACAGCCCGACCCCGGAGGCGCCCUCACCACCGAGUGAACCGGUAGAACCAGAACCUGCAGCUCCAGCUCUAUCAGGCAAGGCAAGGAAGAACGCCAAGAAGAACGCUAAGAAAAACGCCAAGAAAAAGGCAGAGGAGUCUGCCGCGCCAGAGGAGACUUCUGCUGUCACCGAUGAACCCCCGGCAGAGGUACCGCCAGUGGAUGAGCCACCCGCCGCUGACGACACAGUCGCCAAUGUCGAGAUUCCCGCACAGCCUGAGGACACUGAAGCACAAGACCAAAGCGCAGCUGCAGAGUCGCCAGUCGUCGCAGACGAAGCUGAAACCAAGCCAGCCGACGAGGCCACGGGAGAUGCCGACGUGUCAGCACAGCCUGAAAGCACAGAAGAACCUGCACCUACAAAGGAGGCCGGAGAUCAGUCACUCGAAGCUGCGAAUGAUCCACCUGUAGCUGAAGAGACUGCUGCAGCAGAGACAAGUCCACCUUCUGAAGAGCCAGUCGAAGAAUCUCCAACUAUGUCUUCCAAGAAAAAGAAGAAAAAAGAGAAGAAGAACAAAAAGAAGGCAGAAGACUCUCCCCCUCAGGACGAGACUCCUUCACCGGCUGAGGGCGUGUCUACCGAAUCAGCCAGUGUAGAAGAACCAACAGCUAUUGAGGGAAGCGUUCCUCAGGCCGAUGAGUCGGUUCCUGAUGAUACCACUGAGCAGCAGCCAGCCCCAGCCGAAGUUGAAGCCGAAGUUGGGGCCGCAGACGAACCACCAGCCGAUACCGUUGAGGCUGAUGUCGAGACACCAGUCCAAUCGGAAACGCCUGAGACUACGGCAGCUGGAGACCAAACAGAAAGCAAGCCAAUCGAACCUGGCGCGACUGACGCCGAGACACCUGCUGUGACUGGGAGUGAUGCCACAGAAGAAGAUCAAAGCAAAGCGAUUGAAGCUGAUGCCACCGAUCCGGAAGUACCAGUUUCGGCACCGAGUGUUGACAUCCCCGAUGUCAAAGAUGAAGCCGAGGGUCAGCCGGUCGAGAGCGAAAAAGCGCAAGUUGAGGCUGAUGAGAGCAUGCCUGCAGAAGCAAGCCCGCCUGUUGAAGAGCCCGAAGACCUAUCUUCAGCUUCAUUUUCCAAGAAGUCGAAAAAGAAGAAAGACAAGAAGAAGAAGGGCAAGAACUCCCAGGCUCCCGAACCUGAGCCAGAGCCGGAACCAACGCCCUCACCGCCUGUCGAGGAACCAAUCCCCGAGCCUACAGCGGAUCUUGAAGCUGGAGAAGAGACCAACAAGCUCGCUUCUGAUGACAAUGUCAACGCUGAAGAGCCCAAGGCAGCAGCUGACGAUGAAACUGUUGUUCAAGAUGAGUCUCCUGCUAGUGUUGUUGCAGAUUUGAAGGAUGAGAAUCCAGCUCCCGGUGAGGAUUCUGCUCAGCCUGAGACAGGCGACAACGCUGAGACGACCGACUCUGCACUUGCUGAGGAGGUCACACCGGCAGCUGCAGAGGAAACCCCUGCGCUGGCUGAUGUCACUCCAGAGGCAGGACCAGAAGAGAAAUCGGCUGAGCCAGCGGAGGAGGAGGGCGCUGAAAUUGUAGAGGCUGAGAACACUGAAUCGGCAGGUCCCUCGGAGAUCGAGAAAUUGAUCGAAGCACCGGUUGAUGGCGAGGAAGAAGCUAUGCCGGCAGUGGAAGAGCCUGCACCUGAAGUAGUGAGCAAUGAAGCGCCCGAACCGGAAAUUGCAUCAUCGGAAGUCCCUGCGGCAGAUGCGAGUGUUGAGCCUGCGACAGAUGAAGCUGCCCAGGAAGCAUCGGUUGAGUCGGCCGAGGAGCUUUCAAAGCAGGAAGAGCUCCCAGUGGCGGAGGAAGCUCCAGCGUCUGCAGAGCCUACAGCAACGGAUGAGUCCAAUGCGCCUGAGGAACCUGCAGCAGAGGAGCCUGCGGGAGCUUCAGAGGCUUCUGUCACAUUGGCCGCGGAUCCGGUCGGGGAGCUUGCAAAGGAAGAAGAGAUGCCAGCAGCAGAGGAGCCUCCCGCGUCUCUAGAGUCUGCAGAGCCUGCAGUGACAGAGGCUUCCGAUGAGGCCGCCGGCGAGGAACUCUCAACGUCUGUGGAGUCUGAAGCGACUGGGGCGCCUCAAGCGACGGAAGAUGUCGCGGCGACUCAGAUAUCACCGCCAGGAGAGGAAUCAUCAGCAGUCGAGACGGAAUCAGAAAAACAGGAAGAAGCUGUCAACACCACUGAGGACCCUGCGACAAGCACGCCUGCUGAUAUGGUUCCUCCUGUCGAUAGUGUUGAAGCUUCUCCUGAGGAAAGCCCUGUCGAGAUUUCUGGUGUUGACGAGUCGACCAAAAGCCUAGUUAACGAGCCAGUAACUGAAGAGCCAGUAACUGAAGAGCCUGUUGCUGAAGAGCCUGCUGCUGAAGAGCCUGUUGCUGAAGAGCCUGCUGCUGAAGAGCCUGUUGCUGAAGAGCCUGCUGCUGAAGAGCCUGCUGCUGAAGAGCCUGCUGCUGAAGAGCCUGCUGCUGAAGAGCCUGCUGCUGAAGAGCCUGCUGCUGAAGAGCCUGCUGCUGAAGAGCCUGCUGCUGAAGAGCCUGUUGCUGAGGAGCCUGUUGCUGAAGAGGCCAUCGCCCCCGUCUCGGUCUCGGUUGCACCAGGUCCUGGAGUCGAAGAGUUCACUUCGGUUGAAGCUCCCGUUUCUGAGCCAGAAACUGCUCCUGCUGCGCAAGAAACUGAAGAGCAGUCCGCGUCUCUAGAAGAAGCCGAACCUCCAGUAGCCUCAUUGCCCGAAGAGUCGUCACCUGCACAGGAAGCAGUUGUUGUGGAAACUCCCGUUGAGGCGACUACUGACAUCUCGGCCCCCGACCUAGCUUCUGUUAAGGCUACGGUGGACGAGCCGGUGUCUGAGCUAGCAGAAGUGCAGGAGGAGGUGAGCGAGGCAGCGGUGGUGGAGGAAGCUGUUCGCGCCAUGCCCGAGGAGGACGUGCCAGCACCAGAACCUCCCGUGGAGACAACCGAAACUCCAAGUGAUUCGGCUCCUUCUGUGGAUGAAGUCGUUGCUGCAGAUAUUCCCCCUGGAGAUGAUGCGCCUGGGCCCUCUCAUGACGAUGAAGAGGCUUUGUUUGCCGAGGCAUCUGAACUACCGGUAGGAGACUCGGCCGCACGACACAACUCACGCCGACGUAAGAAGCGUCCCGGCAAUGAGAACGAGCGACGCAAUUCUAGGACUUCCUCAGAUGGACAGAAGAAAGACCAGCUCACCCGUCAGAAGAGCGAGCGCGGUGUCUUCACCAACCGAUGGGCGAAAGCCUUGGAGGAAGCUCGAAAGCAGCACGAGGAGAAGAAGAGGGCAGAAGCGAUCAAUUUGAAGAAACAGCAGGCUUUGGCUGAAGAAAAGGAGCGCAGCGUGGCUCCGUCUUCGGAAAAGUCCGUGAAAUCUCGAAGCUCAUCCACCAGGGAAAAGCGCGAGAUGGUAGCAGAGAAAGCACCACCUGUUGCUGUCACCGAAACAGAAUUACCAGUUGAGCCACCACUUCAAGCCAAGGCCGUCCCUGAGACCAAGGUCAAAUCGAAGCCCACGUCCAAGCGUCGAUCUUCUGAGGCCGAACCAAGCAAGGCAGUGAAGACAUCAUCGUCGAAGCCUACCACGGCCUCUUCGAAACACGCAUCAACUUCUGCGCCCAAACCUCGCGCCUUCCUGCGCUACAUGAGCAACGCCCCCGUCGCCAAUACCAACGGAAUCAUCGUGCGACCCAACGGAACUUCCAAAUCCGCCGCUCCUGCUCCGGAGAAGCCACGACGUUCUUCUACGACCCGGAGCCAUGGUAGUGGUCAUCAUGAGCGCUCGUCAAACGAAGAAAAACGAAGCAGUGGACGAUCCGAGAAAUCUCACUCACGACGUGAAGACGAUGCUGUCAAGGAGAAGAAGAGUCGGCGACGAAGUUCAGUGGAAGCUGAGGUUGGAAAACCUCGCGAACCACGCGAAAGUCGUGAAACCCGCGAACCGCGUGAGCCCCGUGAGACUCGUGAGCGAGAGAAGGGAGCUGAGGGUUCUCGCCGUCCACAUCAGAGCAGCAAAGACAAGGAGGCUCGGGCUCAUCGCCGCCACAAGCGUGACGAAUCCCCGCCGCGGGAGCAGAGUAAGCUCAAGGGCUUCCUACGAGCCAUCACUGCUCACUAA